AUGACUUCUAGCUUAAAGACGACUACUUAAUGACGAUAAAUGAACGUUAUCUACCGGAAAGGAAAAAAAUAGUGUGCCGAGAGUCGUGCCAGUAAUCAUUAUGACUGUACAAAUACAUGUACAUAUUACGAAGAAACCACGGCUACAAACGGAGAUAAGUUAACGCCGUUCGCAACGUUUGACGUGCACGCCUCUCGUGCGUCGACAAGAAACUUUCUUCUUAUCAACAUUAGUUGUCGCCGCUGUCGCACAAGUCUCACGAACGACGGAAAGAAUCGCUCAGAAACGUGCCGGCUCUCGCUUUCGUUCCUACGAGUUUCUCUCUUUUCCGUCUCUGUUGCGUCAACAAGCGAGAUUCCUGGCGCGCCGCGUAUAGUAUCACAAACACGCGUGCUUGUGCGUUCUACGUCGUGUGUAACACAAUAUGACGACAUUGACGGCCGAACAUGAGUACGGCGAUUUUCGAAUGCGAUCGCGCAGAACGAAGAGUGUCACGAGAGCGGAGGAGAUCCAGAAGGCGGAAUUAAUGGUCCGAAAAUCGCAACCUGACAAACCAUGUCAUCGUCCAAGAGAUAGCCUCUUCUCGUGGAGUUCCGGCUUUGAUAACUUCACGGGAUUCGUCAACUGGGGUUUCUUACUACUAGGCAUUGGUGGUAUUCGGUUGCUACUGGAAAAUUUUAUAAAAUAUGGUAUCAGAGUGGAUCCUUGGCAAUGGUUUCUUUUUCUCAGUGGCAAAAAUGACGGUGGCGAAGAAUAUCCCUCGUUGUUGCUGAUAUGCUAUUCUACCGUGCCGGUGGCCCUUUGUCUGCUGAUCGAGAAAGGACUGUCUGUGAGUAUCAUAGCUCACGGGCCGGGAAUGGUGUUCCACGUCAUAAACCUCGUCGUGAUGGUACUGACGCCGAUGGUGGUCAUCCAUGUGAAGGAUUCCGGAUUCAGCUUGGUUGGUGCGAUGUAUGUGUGCAUGCUGUAUGCCAUACUGUUUUUAAAACUAUGGUCAUACGUGCAAGUCAACAUGUGGUGUCGCUUGAGCAGCCGAAAAAAACCCACGUCAGGUCAGGGAAUAAGACGUCAGCUGUCUUGUAAUAAUCUCCAAACUUCCAACGUGAAACACAGUACGGAUGACACCAGCGAUUUGGAACACGAAGUAAACGGUCAAGGAAACGCAUUGGUGCAAUAUCCCGAUAAUCUGAACUUUAUCGAUCUUUAUUAUUAUAUAUUAGCGCCUACUUUGUGUUACGAAUUGAACUUUCCCCGAACACAGCGGAUUCGAAAGAGAUUUCUGAUAAAACGAAUUCUGGAAGUCGUAGUAGGAUGUCAAGUGGUGUUGUCACUUUUCCAGCAAUGGAUGAUACCUUCUGUAAAGAAUUCAUUAAUUCCUUUCAGUAAUAUGGACGUAGCCAAGGCCUCGGAGCGUCUUCUCAAGCUGGCGAUACCAAAUCACCUAGUAUGGCUUUGUUUCUUCUAUCUGACGUUUCACUCCUUCUUAAAUUUGAUGGGCGAGCUGCUACACUUCGCGGAUCGAAAUUUCUAUUGCGACUGGUGGAAUGCCAACAAUAUCGAUACUUUCUGGAGAACUUGGAACAUGCCAGUUCAUCGUUGGGCUGUACGACAUCUUUAUAUUCCGAUCGUAGAGAUGGGCUACGGUAAGACGACAGCAUCGGUCACCGUAUUUUUUAUCAGCGCCUUUUUUCACGAAUAUCUCGUAAGCGUACCUUUAAAAACCUUCAAGACAUGGGCGUUUAUGGGUAUGAUGGGACAGAUACCACUGUCGGUGUUGAGCAAGAUGACGGAGCGAUACUGUGGCGCCAGAUGGGGCAACAUUGUCGUAUGGGCAAGUCUCAUCAUCGGGCAACCACUUUGUAUAAUGAUGUAUUAUCACGAUUACGUUGUAACUCAUUUUGGCGAGACUCUGAUCGAAGAUUAUUCCGUGGUGUAAAGCAGAUUAAAAGGAUGAAAAACGUAAAAAUGCGAAAGAAGAGAGAAACCUCAACGAACAAUCUGCGAUCGAUCUAUUCUCCAACAUUGCCUGUUUUAUCGAUCGCAAUUAUUCACUUGUCUUUUAACAAGUACUGUGCGAUGAUUUGCCUCCAUUAAAAAUUAACACAAUAACGUGAAAAUGUGCCUUAAAUAUAAGUUUAAGUUUUUUUUUUUUGAAGAUUUUUUUUUUAUUCAUGAGAAUGUAGAGGGUGCGAUGUGAGAAUAAGAGACUUAAAAAAUGCAAACAAAGGUGUCUCGAGUUCGAUGAUAAUAUUAUUAUUAUCUUAUAUUUUAGAAAGAUAA